UUUAUAUUAAUCAUAAUUAGAGAAUCAACAUUCAUAUAUGUCUCAUUUGUUUUGGACAAUUCCAAUAAGAGUGGGUGAAUCUUGAUUAAUAUUUUAAUUUUUCUUCCCUGGUAUUAAAAGUUUUACUUUUUUCUGAUAUAUGAAAAAUGACCUUUGAAGGUAUAAAGCAGUUUUAUGUGAAUGUGGAGAAGGAAGAAUGGAAGCUUGAGACACUUUGUGAUCUGUAUGAAACCUUAACCACCACACAGAGUGUGAUCUUUGUGAAUACUCGUCGCAAAGUUGACUUGUUAACAGACCAGAUGAGAGGUAGAGAUCAUAGUGUCUUAGCCACCCAUGGUGAAAUGGACGAGAAUACUAGGGAUAUUAUAAUGUGUAAAUUCUGUUGUGGUUCCUUUCGUGUUCUCAUCACUAGUAUAUGUGACCGCCUUGAUGUCCAACAACAAGUCUCACUUGUCAUAAACUAUGAUCUCCCUACUCAGCCUGAGAAUUACCUUCAUCGCGUUGGACGUAGUGGAAGGUUUGGUAGGAAGGGUGUUGUGAUCAACUUUGCAACCACCAAGGAUGAUGAGAGAAUGCUCUAUGACAUUCAGAAGUUUUACAACGUGGUGAUUGAGGAGCUUCCGGUAAAUGUUGCUGAUCUCCUGUAGAUGGCUGGCUGGCUAUAAGAAUUUAACAGCAGGACCAUUAUUCUUCAAGGCUAGAUAUCCACAGUCUCUCUAUCUCACCUUUGAGGUAAUGGUAUGGACUGCGUGAUAGAGUUUGUGACCCGAAUUUUAUCGAUCCGGCUCUGAAAGUUUCGCGGUGCGAUUUAUGUUUGUGAUUUUAAUGGGGUCUGUGGUGAUAGCGUAGGGAUCAGAUCAACUCAUCUCCUUUCAUAGUGAAAUUCCUCUGACUCUGCCCGUGGUUUUUCCUGCAAGAAUUUCCACGUAAAUCUGUGUGUUCUUGUCUUUUCUUUUUGCUUGUGGUUUGCUUUAUUAUGUCCGAUUUAUAACACUGCGUAUACUUUGUGGGGAUAUACUGGGUAUGUUGUAAUUGUUGGUUUGUUUAUUUAGUCUAGUGUAAUGUUGAACUAUACAGUCUUGGGCUUUUGCUAGUUUUUUUUAGGCACAAUACAUAAACAUGCUCUUUUAACUUGACAUCA